CGUCGUCGUUGGUGGAUCGUUUUCCGUCCGUGCGUGCGGGUUCGUUUCGUCCGUGCGCGCAGGUAUUCUGCCCAGGCUCCUCGCGAUCUUCGGGGAUUCAACAAGUCCAGUUUUCUCACCUCUUUCGCUUUGUGCUUCUCUCCCCGUUUCGUUCGGUUCUCUGGUGAAACCGGUGUGUGUACACGUUUGUGUAGAUGUUGUUUUUUCCUCCGUCCGAGAACUUCGGCGAGCUGUUCUUCUUCCUAAGCUGAUUCUGUUGCUGCUCCCCGCGCGCGCGAUCUUCAAGCGAUCGAGCCCAACAGUUACCUGUGUAUGUAUGAGCGCGCGGGAUCACCGGGAAUGCCGUAGAAGGAGAAGAAGACACCAGGCUGAGCAGGCCUGAAGCGAACAGGCAACAGGCGGUGGUGAAGUUGUGUGUUCAGAAAGUUCUACGUUUGAGAAACGCUGAAACAUUCUCCAAGUUGUGUAGUGGUGAAGGUUCCGAAGAAUCCGAAGAAAUUCGCGAUCCUCGCGGGAAUCGCGCGAGUGUAGGUGGAGUCGUGCACACGAGUUAUGCUGCUAAACCUAGAACCUAGAGCAGAAGUUCGACGCGCGAAGAUCGCGGUGAGGACGAGGACUUGAUCGCUACCAAAAGCGUCGAAACCUGUUGGUUUCUGGUUGUGUUGAUCCCUCGGGGCACCUCGAGGUUCUAAGUGAAGCAACAAUGUGAACAUCGCGCGGGCAAGACUUGGAAUUCCUGCCGUCCUGUGUGUGAGAAGUCAGGGCACGAAGUGGACGAAUUUUGCAAUAUCGUGUCGUGCUGACCAAGAGAGCUGAAUCGGGCUGUUGUUGUUUUUUGCAGUGUCGUCGUCCAAGUCCAAGUUGUCGACGUUCUGUUUUUGCUGCCGUGUAACAUACUCAAGUGGAGCUGUGUGUGUUGGGCAUCAGGUGAACACGGCACGGCGAGGAAGGAAAACAAAGCAGCAAAGAAGCAAAAGGAAUAGCCAAAUGUGCAUUCAGCAGCGGCAGCAGAAGUGGUUUCAGCUUCAAUUAGUGUGCGCGAUCGAUCAAUGAAAGCUUGAAGAAUUAGUGCGUUGUAAACACAUCGAUAACUGGAUGUUUUUUGUUGCUGUUUUGAGCUGAGAAGUGCAAUACAACACAUUAUACAGCAGUGCAGUUGAAUAGAGGUGUGAAAAGUGUUCAAACAUUUUGUACUGGCAUGUGUUUUAGGUGAAUGUUUACACCUAAUUAUGACUCCGCCAGAAAACUCUGUUGGCGAUACGGUUUAAGUGGAUUAUCAGCUGAAGCUGUUCGCGUCAUCCGUUCAGCGCGUUGAAGAGCCUACAGCGCGUGAUAACCAGCCGUAAGUGCGCUUGUACGCCUCUGAGAUCUGCGUAUCGUUUUAAUCAGCGCGCAGCGCGCAAGUCGUCGCGUAAUGAGGCUCUGAGCUCUGAGCAGCAGUUUAGCGCAACACAAUCGCAAUAAGUGCAUUUUGGACUUCCGGGGUUCCAUUACUGACUUGCGGAGGAGAUUCGGCCAGCGCGUCAGGAGGAUAUCAAUUACCAUAAAAGUUUUGUGUGUAUACAGCUCUGAAUAAUUGCGGCCCCGAAUCAAUCAUUUUUUGGGAGCACGAAGCUUAAAAGCAUUCCGGGCGUCAAAAAAGCUUAUCGGGGGCAAUUUUCCUCUGCGCGCAUUGGACGUCGAAUACGUCCGACCGACGACGCACCACGGGGCAGAAAAAGUGUUUGGAGAAAGUGAAAAUUUGAGCCGCAGAGCUUCCCCCCCGGGGGGGAAAAGUGGUCCGCCACAGUAAUUAAACAUUAUUAACUAAUAAAGAAGAAUAAAAUUAUUAUCAUCAAACAAGAGAGUGAAAAACAAUUGCCCCCACGAGAGCGCGAGUUCGCGCAUUACGAAAGGAGGAGAAAAAAAACACAACUCUUGAGGAAAAGUGUGUGUUCGGGGUUGGAACCUCCCCGGCGUCGCGACCUCCGUAACGAGAGUCUCUACAACAAUAACAUGGAAAUUGAUCUGUUAUUGUUAACUAAUGUCCAUACGAGCAAAUCCGUUGAAAGCUUGCCCGGUUACGGCAUUCCUAGCAUCAACACCUGAACCCUCGUGGUUGCACAAGCGCGAAGACCUCUGAACACCAGUCAGGCUCGCGUCAAUCGGGUGGGGCGACUCAACAAGAUCACAAAGCACUCUCUUUCACCUCACCCCUAAUGCAUAAUCAGUACCGCCUUGGCUGCCUCGGCAGCAUUUGAUUUAAUUAAGUCCCCCCUCCCCCCGACCUCCUCUGUGUUGAGGAUCUUGGGAAACAAUUGGCACCACCCCCGCAGCAGCAGCAUCAGCAGGUUGGGCGGAACAAUUAUCGCGCGCGUCGCGUGUCUUCCCAAAGUCUGCCGCUACAACUCUCACCCUCGAAGAUCUUGAAAGUGCCGCCGUCGAAGGGGGAAAAAAAGGUCAAACCCUAGAUGUUGUGAGAAGUUUCGUGUGUGUGUGUGUGCGCAGGGGGAAAAUGUUCCCCUUGGUGCAAUCAACUCGAGAGUCUACCAACAAGUGCGCGUUCGCGGUGAUCUGAUUCCAAAUAUCCAAGAGUCUCGCUCUCUCUGGCGAAGAAGCAAAAAUAAAAUUGUGUGUAAAUUGUGUGCAAGUGAUUCUGUAUGUGUGUGUGUGUAGGUGAAGAGUAACAAUGGAUCGGUGCAACGGCGGAACGCCGAGUUCAACUCCGGCAAACCCUAACAGCAGUAGCAGCAGCAGCAACAACCCCGCAACAACUCCCAGCAGUACCAACAACAAUAACGGCAACACUGCCGCAGCAGCCGUCGCCGCCACAACUAGCAACAAUGGUGUGAAGUUGCGCCCUGUAUCGAGCGUUGACUCGGGCCCAUCGACGACCGUGUCGGCGACCAUUGGUGGCGGAGUUGGGGGUGCCGGCGCCUACCGGAGGUCGUUUCAUCGAUCCGGACCGGGCAGCGCUAGUGCGACGUCCGACUACAGUAUGUCAACGCUGGCGGAAUCAGUGCAGGACGAUCAGAUGAGCACCACGUCGAGCACGACGCCGCAUCCACCGCACCACCACCAUCUGCUGCACACGAACGGGCCGGGACACCACCACGGCGGCCAUCACCACCACCACGGGCAUCACCUGCUGGCGGGCAGCGGUCACAACACUCCAGGGCUCCCCGGCAGCAACCUGACCCAGGCCGGCCUGGAGGAGUACAGCAGGUCGUACUACGAGCAAACCAUGUACCACCACCAGAAGCAGUCCUCGUACGCGCAGUCCGAGGGGUACCACAGCUACGUGUCCAGCUCGGACUCGAGCUCGACGCCGUUUCUCGAUCGAUUGCGUCAGGACAGUGAACUGCUGCUGUCCCGGUCGUCGCACAACUGGUCCCAGCAGGACCUGCAGCUGCAGCUGUCCGCGUCGAGCAACAGCAUCGCGGACAACAACAGCUCCGAGAGUACGUCCUCGACGGAGACGCUCAAGUGGCUCGGUUCGAUGAGUGACGUGUCGGAGGCGAGCCACGCGACCAGCAUGUCUGCGCUGUCGAGUGCAGGUUCCACAUCUCAGCUGAUCGCGCACAGUGCGCGAGUUCGAACGCCUCAGCGCCACAACUCGGAGAGCAUCCUGUUCAUGACGGCCGAAGAACAGCAGCAGCAGCAGCAACUUCAGCAACAGCAACAGCUGUCUCAACUUGGUGGUUCCAGUCAUCACUCCGCGUCCGGUGCGCCAAGUUCCGUGUCCCAGUCGAUGGGAUCGCUGCAUCACGUGCACGGUCAUCACCAGCAGCAGCCGAAUCCGGUUUCGCCGGGCUCGGCCGUCCAUCUGCACCAGAGCUCGUCCUCGUCCGGAUCAUCCGGUGGGUCACCGGUCGGGGAAGAUUUGCGCUUUCAGCACCGGACCACGUCCAACACGUCGCUGGCCUCGUCCGCGUCGGCACCGGCCGGGAGUGGCAAUAGUAACGGCGGUGGCAGCCUCAACGGCUCGGUCCGAUCUAGUCGUAGCAAUAAUCGGCUGUUUCCUAUCAGCACCUACACCGAGAUUCCUAGUAACGUUAGCGGUAACAGUAGCAGUAGUAGCAAUAUUAGCAACGGUGGGCCGGCAACGCCCAGCGGCCAGCAGCCCCCGUCCAUGGUUGAUGGCUCCAAGCAACUCAGCCCCCACAACUGGCAAUCGGUGGCCGACCGAAUCAACGAGCUCGAGAAGCACACCGGCACCAGCUCUUCGAACAACAACCCCAACCCCACCGCGGGUGUCAAAAAUCUAAGUCAUUCCUCCGGCGUAUCCACCCCCGUGUCCGCCAAACCCUCCCCCCAAAAGUACACCUUUUUCGAUCCGUCCAAAACGCACCGGGUGUCGAACCCCUCCCUCAAGGCGUUCCAGAAGAACGCCGUCAUCUCGUACUUUGAGCGCCAACAGGCGCACGCCCGCGAAAGCAGCCACAAUCUGUCCCGGCCAACGACGCUGAAUCUCGGCCAGCAGCAGCAGCAGCAAAACUCCGGAUCGCCACCCUCGCUCAAAUCGGUCUCGCAACGUUCCUCGAUCUCCAGUGCGUACUCGUCGUCGGGCAGUACGAUGGAUCUGACGCCGUCCUCGCACCCCGGUGGAAUCUACCACCACCAUCCAAGUUUGCAGGCCAGUAUCGCCGUCCAACAGCAGCUGGACAAGAUCGCCGCCAACAACCUGCGAAAUCAGCUAGCAUCCGUCCACACGAUGAACCUGCUGAACAAAGUGCAAUCCCCGCAGCAGCAACAGCUGGAAUCUCAAAUGAUCAGCAACGCCACGUUGAUCCUGGCGAACACAACGAUGGACACCGACUGCAACGGGAACCCCGUGGAAGAUCAGCUGGACGUGAAUGGGUCACCGCCGCCGCCACCACCGCGGUCAACGCGAUCGAUUGGGAUGGCCGGGAUCAAUAGUGCCGCGGCGGCGGCUGCAGCCGCCACGCACGCCGCACAUUUGGCGACCGUGAGGAGAACCUCCUCCGCGUCGGAAUACUCCUCCAUCCGUGAUAAAAUGAUCCAGCAGCGCCAGACGCUAUCCAAGGAUCUGUUCGGCCCGAUGAUCAUGGGCCCAACCAUCGCCCUAGACGACUGGGUCCCAGAACGCCCCCCCAAGAACCCGAUGCUACGAAUACCCAGCCCCGAACUGCCCCCUCCACCGAUGAUGAGUCCUACCGAGGACGUCCUCCUUAUCAAUCAGGACGAACCGCUGCCACCACCUCCACCGGAGAUCCUACGUCACAUCCGGCAGCUCAGCGACUCGGGCGAACCCAAAUCGAGCGCCGCCAGCCGACGGAACAGCUUCGCCGGCCAAACCAACAAGAAAUCUCUCUACCGAGCGUCGACCUUCGAGAAUCUCUCUCCACCACCCUCGCAAGGUGGCCCCCCGCCCCAGCAACUGACCCAAAUCAGUCAACUCAUCAUUCCACCCGCCGUUCCUAAAAAGCCCCAACAAUCGGCGAUCGUCGUCGUUGAACCCCAGGUCAUGUACCGACGACCCUCCUCGAGCAUGUCGUCCAAACCCCAAUCGCAACCCCUCACCGCAAGUUCCUUACACCAAGCGCACCGCGUUCUGGUCAACGGCAAAUCGGCCGACCAACAGCCGCAGCAACGGCACUCCCUGCCAAUGCCCCUGCAGCAAUCCAUCCCGCAACAACCCCAACAGCAGCAGCAGUUCGUCCCGCGCCAAUCGGACUCGCGCGUUUCGAUGCGCAAGCGGUCCCACAACUCGCAGCAGCUGCCGACGACCGCAAUGGAGUAUCACCUUCUGAAGCAGCUGCAGGCGACCCACAACGGUCAAAUGGUUCCUGUCUCGACGCCGGCGGCGGCCAACGUGACGCCACCGCCGCCGUUGAAGCCGCGCAUGCCGAUGCAGCCGCUGGACGUGGCGCUCAACGGAGCCGGACAGCUGAUCUCGAUGGGAAGCAAAAGGAGUAACUCCAAGGCGUCGUACCUGCCGCGCCAGCAACCGCGGGACAAGCUCCACUCGGAUCCGGACCACGGCAGCUACAAGCUCACGCUGACGUCCAACGAGGACAGCAUCAACCACCACAGCGACGUCUUCCCGGAGGAGAUUAUCGCGACGCCGACCAAGUGCAACCUGCCGGACGUGCUGCCGCCCGGGGUCAAGUACUCGCUGUACUCGAACAACAACAAUAACAACAACAAUAAUAGCAGUAGCAAUGGCAAGAUGGGGAAGCAGUUGCCACCGCCGAAAACGGUUCCCCACAGCGCGCCAAUAAUCUCCGCCAAUAGCUUGAAGUCGAUGUUUAAUUUUACGCCGCAGCAGCCCCAGCAAAACCAGGUCACACCUCCGAGUGCCUCCUCGCCGGUGACCCCACCGCCGGCCUAUUCUACAGUGGCCGGUGGCGCGUCCAGUCAGCCCGGAAGCCCCACGAACCACCAGCAGCAGCAGCAGCAGCAGGCAAUCAGCCCCAAAUACACCUCCCAGUCUACGUUCGAUCUGAAGAAGACGCAAAUUCUCGACUCCAAGUAUCUGAGCCAGAGCCCGGCCCAGAUUGGGCUGCCGCCGAUUCCACCACUACCAACAGCGCCGAACGAGUCGAUCAAUAAUACCAAUUAUCUCAAUCAGCACCACAGCGCCAGCAAUAGCUGCAGCACCAACUCCAACCAACAAACUGUAAAUAAUUGUAAUGAAUUUUCUGAAAAAGCCGAUAACUUGGAGCUGAGCACGGCGUCCAACACCAGCACAAGCACCGUUGAGCCUGCCGAAUCAAACUACCACAACACAACACAACCGCAGCAGCAACAGUCUUCACCACCACCAUACUCCGAAUUGGGCGACUCCACGUUGGUGGUGGCUCCCAAAGAGGAAGAAGAUCGGCCGACGAGCAGUAGCAGCAGCACCUCGACCAGUGCGGAAGCAAACCAGCACCAACACCAACAGUCGGAGACCACGUGCAGUAUCGGCGUCGAUUCUACCGUCACCACCCCCGUACUAGAGUGCGUCACCAAGGAGAUUACCCUGGACGAGCGGCCCUCCUCGCCGCCCAAACUCCAACGAACGGAGAUCGUCCUCCGCGUAGCAGCUCCCACCACGGAAGCAUCCUCGCAAACCGACGACGACCUGGAAGCAGCAGCGUCCACCUCCCCAAGUCCCCGCUCCCCACGCUCCCCACCCGCAACCCUCUCGCUCGGCAUCUCCGAGCUCGUCCUCGACCAGGGUAACGUCACCCGUCACUCGGUGGCGACCUCAACGCCCGGUUCGCCCACCGGAUCACCGCGCUCACCGCCCAGCACACCGACCGCCAACUGCGGCGCCAAGAACUUCUUCAGCAAGGCAUGUACGGCCGCCCCGCGCAAGGUGCACCCCGAAGAAAUUGACUGUGAUAAGCUGUCGCACGAUCUGAUCCUGCAGCUGUCGCCGUCCGACAAGCUGCACACCAUACUGGCUCCCAAAACGUUCAAAUCGUCCUCCGACUAUGUUUCUGACCUGUUCAACAUCCAAAUAGCGCCCCGACCGAUGAAGAAGGAUGCCUCGACGGCGACGCCGGAAGCCAGCCCGCAAAAGAGCCCACUGGACAUUCUGACCACCAGUUCCACCUACUUCCAAGUGUCGGAACCGAAGGCCAAACUGAUGACGCGCUACAGCCGCGAGAUGACGCUGAUUAACGGCGACUGCUGUGAUCUGACCAAAAAGAAGGAGGAACUCGUCCAGCGCCUCGGCAAGAAGCUCCUGGUCCUGUCGAACGAGCAAACCAGCAUCGCCGAGGAGAGCAACGCGAACGACCUGCUCGGCGCCGACGUCGCCCUCAAGGUCGCCCAAAAGUGCCGCCCGUCGGACGCGUCCAAGUUCCGGUCGUACGUGGACGACGUCGGCUACAUCACGAUGCUGCUGCUCUCGCUGUCCGGCCGGCUGGCCCGCACCGACAACGCCCUGCACACGCUCGCCGCCGACGACUCGCACCCGGACAAGAAGAUCCUCGAAGCCAAACGGGACCGGCUGCUGGAGCAGCUGGACGAGGCCAAACAGCUCAAGGACGACAUCGACCGGCGCGGUGCCAUCAUUUCCAAGGUGCUGGAGCGAUCGCUGACGAUCGAGGAGUACGCCGACUACGACUACUUCAUCAACAUGAAGGCGAAGCUGAUUGUGGACUCGCGCGAGAUCGCCGACAAGAUCAAACUGGGCGAGGAGCAGCUGGUGGCGCUCAAGGAUACGCUCGUGCAGAGCGAGUGUUGACCCCCUUUCCAGAGGAAGGUUAAUUUGUAAAAAGUCACACCUAGUUGAUAGAGAGCAGCGCAGUUAGUUAGCUUUAAGCUUGUUUUGUGUCGAUAGUUUUGUAGCCCUUUAGAAGAAAAAAAGCGACAACUUUUAGAAAUCGAAACGGUUUAAAACAUUGAUCGAUUGGCUGUUGAGUAGAGAUAGAAUUAGCAAUUAUUGCGCGCAGAGACUCGUCUCUCUCGCGCAAACCGUGUAAAUUUGUGUAAAUUACGACUUAUUUUAUUUUAACCCUCUUAUAUUACUCUGUUAGACUUGUAAGUGUCGUUUGUCAUUUACGUGUAAAGAUUAUAUAUUUGUGUAAAAGAAAUCAAGAAAACAAAUCAAGAGCAAAAUCAAAGAGAAAGCCCCUCAUCAUUUAGGCCAAAAAUUCGAAAUCAAUCGACCCCAACCUCAAAAUCCUCCCCUCCCCUUUUCGUCCCAAUUAACCGAAAUUUUUAAAACCCGCAUUCCAUGUGAUAAGGCAGAAAGUUCUUGCAUUUCAAUGUAUGAUGUUGAAAUUCAAAGAGUUUUUUAAGUUGCACCCUUCCUGCGUGAUUUUUUUGUUUGUUUGUUUGUUGCACUCCCGUCCCGUUUGCGUUUUUAUUUUACGUUUCCUUCCUAAUCGUGUGCAGUGCCUUAGACUAAUUUUUGAUGUGUACUUAAUUGAAGAAGAAACCCGUUCGUCACCGGAGCCAAAUUGUGCGCUAAUUUGGCUGAAACGUGUAGUCAUUUUUUGGGGUUGCUUGAAGAGUCACUUUGUUUCUGCGACAUUUGCGGAAAGUGAUUUCUCCGAGCAGCUUCGCUGAACUCUUUUAUCUCCAGUUAAUCAAUGUUUAGUAAUUCUUGUAACAAUGUUUCCCCCUUUUCCCCCACAAAAAAAAAACUACUAAUCGAAAACAUGUGUAUAAUGGAAAAGAGUCGACGUUACUUUUUAACACUAACUAGGUGCUUAUAAUUAUUUUACUGACUUUAAAUGAAACCCGUUAAUAGAGCUAGUUGAUAAGUUUGAAAUCACAACUUUUUUUUCGGAAAAAAGUUGCUGCAAUCUGCAAGUGAAUUGAAUUUUUUUUUAGCCGUCACGUUUAUUGUCUCACAGAAAAUAACCGUAGUAAUCGGUUUUAGAGGUUAGAAAGUUCCAAUUUUUAUCGCAACAUAACUGUCUUUGAAUCCUUACAAUAGUUAGAAUAGAUAGCGUUUUUUGUCCUUUCACCCUAAACACACACACGCGACUUUAUGUUUUUUUCUGUUUAAGGUUAGAGAACGAUUGUGGAAGCGAGACGAGAAAUUAUUGUGAUUUUAACUGAGACAAGAUAUAUUAUCCACAACACUUUACUGUUAGAACAUUUUAAUCGAAUUGUCCAACACUUCUCUAUGAAUCGUGCGUGUGCAAAUAUCUCUGAUAAAGAAAACUGUUCUUCCACGUAAAAUACAUAAACACACAUAGCCACACACACACACACACAUUACUAUAACAAUAUUGGUCUGUGUCAAGUAAAAAUAAAGAAUAAUCGCUUGAAAAAAUUUAAA